CCGGGGAUAUGGAUUACUGGUCUCGGUACAGAGUAUCCUUGUCAUAUUUUUGGCCCAGAGAGCUUCGAGACUUUCGCCGAGCGGUUGUAUGGACCAAACAAACCUGGNGUAAGGAAGCUGAGCCCCGUGAUCAUGCACGCGCUGAUAACGAUCUCUAGCAUCCAGAAAUUGCUCAACAUCAAUCGGAAUACUGGCAUCAAAACACGCUCAGCAAUAAUUGACUACAGUUUGGAUCACGCUGCUGAUAGUAUGCCAUCUUCUAUCGAAGACAUGGAUCACCUGUUUCGUACUGCUGGUGUCGACAUGACCGUCAAAGCUUGCAAGAAGGCCAUCGAAGAAUGGUCUGGACAUCCUGCCGACAUAACCCACACUGUCGCUGUCACCUGCACCAACCAGGGCAACCCUGGCUUCGACGUUCUGGUCAACGAGAAACUUGGUCUGUCACCUUCUGUUGACCGUACGCUUCUUCAUGGCGUUGGCUGUGCUGGAGGUCUGGCAAUCAUGCGUACAGCCGCUCAACUCGCUUGCGGAGCCACGGUGCGAAACCGUCCGGCUAGGAUACUCUGCUUUGCUUGCGAACUGUGCACACCCAACAUCCGCUACGAACUUGACGCUGUUGCAAAGUGUACCGGGACUUCUCAAGUCAGCAUAGGUAGUGUUCUCUUCUCCGAUGCCGCAGCUGCUUUUGUUCUUUGCAACGAUCUUGGAUUACGAAAGGAAGAUAAGCCACUGUUUGAGUUGUUGGAUUGGACCACUCAACUCAUUCCGGGCACAAGUAAAGAUUUGCAGUUUCAUGCGGAAGCAAAGGCAGGAUAUCGAACUGUUCUGCACAGAUCCGUCCCAAAACAUGCGAUCUCAGCUGUUGGGCCGAUGUUCGAGACUUUACUGGCCGCUCUCAAGACCCAGACAAGGAAUCAAAACUUGAAUAUUCGUGACUUUGACUGGGCAUUGCAUCCUGGGGGUCAAGCAAUCAUAGACGGAGUAAGACAAGCCAUGGGUCUGACAGAAGAACAACUUCGUGCAACCCGUGAGAUAUACAGACAUCGAGGCAAUUCUUCGAGUCCGACAGUUCUAGCGGUGCUGGAUGAAUUACGCUCCAUGCCUACACAUAGGAACCUUGUCGUCGCAGCUGCAUUUGGGCCUGGAAUGACUGCAGAGAUGAGCUGCAUCAAGACCUGCUUCGCUCAGGGAAACCAUCAAGCGAAACUU